UUCACUACAACAUUUAAACUCCCCCUUUCUUUUAUUCUAAAAACUUUAAAAAGUUUAUUUUUUAAAAUGUUCGAACCAACAUUUGAAUUUCCAGUAAAGACAGGAUCUGCUUUUCUUUCAAACAAUUUAUCUGUAUAUAAUCAUAAAACAAAAGGACAGACUUAUGUUGCUUAUUUAGGAAAGGAUGCGGUCCAACUUUUAUCUUGGAAUGAAAAAAUGGAGCAAGAUUGUUGUGAAUUAUUAAGUGAAGAAGAAAUAGCUAAAAGUGCUGGAGAGGCUGGUGAAAAGCCGAUUUGUUUAAUGCAAAUUUAUGUUGCUUUACCAUCAAACAGAAGUAAUAUUCCUGUAAUUAUUAUUUUAGCUGGAACUUUUGUUUCGAUAUUUGACUUCAUAACAAGAAAAUGUUUAUUUACAAAACAAACUUCAGAUCCUUUAUUAACCUGUAAAGAUAAUAAAAAAACAUUAAAAUCAACACCUUUUACUAGAGGUUGUAAUUCUGGAGAAAUAAUCCAAAUAGCCUGUAAUAGUGAAAAUAAUUUUCAAACAAAAAAGAAUUUAAAGGAACAUAAUUCUCCUAUAACUGAUAUUGCUUCUUGUAGUUUUGAUUUAAUUACUGUUUCUGGUGAUGUUGGGGGAAAUAUACUAGUUUGGACAAAAAACUUAAAAUCCGUCAGUAAGAGAAUUAGCACAAAUCAGCCAUUGUCAGUCAUAAAUAUUCUAAGAAAACAAGUAUUUUGUGGGAAUUUAUUGGGACAGAUUUCUGUUUAUUCUGCCACAAGUGGUGCUUUAUUAGCAGAAGUUAAUGCACAUUUUAGACAAAUAACAGCUUUGGCGGUUGCUACAGAAUCUGCUUAUAUUUUAUCAGCAAGUGAAGAUACUUAUAUACGAAUUUGGAAAUUACAUUCACGAAAUCCUGAUGCUUAUAAAAUAGAAUUUCGUUAUGGACAACGUUUUGAUAAUAUGCCAAUUGUUGGGGCUAAUUUUGCUAAUACAAGAGGAAGCGGAUAUUUGGUUAGCUUCUACGAAAAUUUCAAAAUUCUGCUUUUUAAAAUUACACGUCCAAAUCGACCAAUUUCAGAAGUCACAAUUAAUACAGCAUUAGAAUAA